CCGUGUCCAUAGCACAAGAGUCGAUUUAUUCCGAAAAGGAGUCCCAUUGUUCGUGUCAAUUUAUUUCAACUUCAAACGGAUAUUAUAUAACACUAGUUCGAUUGUGUCAGUACUUGUAAGCAGUUUGUGAAUAUGUACUGUUAUCAGUAUUUCCAGACUUACCAUGACAUUUCGAGGUUUUUUGAGGUGUCAACGAUUUUCACCUGCUGAAUAAAGUUGACGGCUCGAGAUGCGGAGGGUCCUCGACGGCUGAGAGCGACCCCCCUCCCGGUCGCCCGAUGGCGUCUCGGCCCUCUGGAUGCAGCCCCACUUCGGCAACGACUCCGCCCCUGCGCCCCCGCUGACCCGCUGCGAGCCCUGGGGCGAGACCCGACACCUGCUCCUGCAGGCGGCGCACUGCCUGCUGGCCGCAGCGCUGGCCGUACCGGUGGCGCGCCGCCACGCCAUCUACGCCUUCGCCUCGCGCCUGCUGAUGGCGCUCUCCUUUCUGGCGGCCUGCGCCUGGGCCGCCUUCGGCCGCGCCUGCACCAGUCCGGACGUGCUGGCCUGGAAUGCGACCCUGCUCGUGGCCAACUGCGCGCAGGCUGCCUAUCUCGCCUACAGGCACCUGCCGCCUAGGAUCGCCCCGGAGCUGCAAGAGCUUUAUCUGAAGGUUUUUGCCCCCCUGAAGGUGGGUAAGGACCAGUUUCGUCAGCUGAUCCGUUAUGCUCACAUCGAACCUUUAGAUACGGGGGAGCACUACGCUCUGGAAGGGGUCACCACCACUGAACAGAGACUCUCCGUCCUCCUUUCUGGAAAGAUGAAGGUGACUUGCGAAGAUGUCCUCCUGCAUUACCUGUUGCCGACAGAAUUCGUGGAUUCGCCAGAGUGGGAAUCCUGCGCCUCCAACACAGACAAACACUUCCAAGUGACUCUCUCAGCGACCGAGCCCUGCCAACUGCUGUGUUGGGGCCGCAAGGAGCUGCAGACAAUCCUGGCCACGAACCCGUUCCUGGACGUGGUGAUGUACAAUCUGAUCGGAAAGGACAUCACGCACAAGCUGUACUCGCUCAACGAGCAGCACCGGAAAGACGCCGCCGCCGGCGAGAAACUCUCGAUCGCCGAGUCGCUCGACUUCUGGAGGAAUCCCUCGGACAAGCAGCGCAGCCACUCGCUCGACACCCUGCACACGGGCAAGAGAGGACAUGUCCGAUCCGUCUUCUGGAAGAAGCCGGACAGGCCAGACAGGCGAACCAGCGCAGUUUUCGUCGAAAAGCUAGGCGAUUCACGCACCAUAAACUUUUCAGAUCCAGGCCCUGUGAAACACAAGAGAAGGUUCCCACCACGGGAAUCGGAAUUCGAAACACCCAUUUGAAACAAGAGCUGCCGUCCACAUGGAGAGAAUAGUUGUGAUCUACUAGUUCUACGAAAUUCAUGAGCAAACCCGUGGCAUUCCUGUACGAAAUACAAUCUUGAUAUAUCGAUAUUCGGUAUAAAGUCAAUCCAAUGUUGGCCUAGAAGUUCUGAAACUUUUCAGCUAUACAAAACUCUAUUCUUUACCCAAAUGUUGCGACUACACUUGUGGUAAAGUUAACCUGAUACUGUCAGCUAUCUAGAUGCGGCACAAGCAUGUUAGAAAAAAAAAAAAAAAAGUAAAAUUAAAUAAAUAAAUAAGGUAAUUAAAAUGUAAACUAAUGUUUAUCAACGUUUGUCAAUGCAGAGAGCUCGUUUUUUUUUUUUUUUUUUUUUUUUUUUUUUUUUUUUUUUUUUUAAAGAAGCUAUUCCAUACGCAUUAUUUUUUUCACAAUUUGCAGUGGAAAGAUUUAGAAUUCAGCUAACAGCAGCAAAUAAAAUAUUAUCAAUCAUUCUGCCAUAAUUGUUUGCAGCUUUUUAUAUUUUUCUACAAUUUGUAUUUAUAAACUUACAUUUUAUCUAUUUUAUAAUAAAUUUAAUAUACGCAUUUUUACAAAAACUUGACGUUUAUUACAUUUUAGCACUUGCUAAAGAACAAAUAAAAAGUUCUGAGUAAAACACAAUAAAGAAUAUCGCUAGCAAAUUUAGAGAAAAAAAAUUCAUUGCUAUUAUUAUUUUUCAACGUCUUCAAACCUUUUCACAUGUGAAUGACAAGAAAAGCUAUUCACUUGCCAAAUAAAUACCUAUACACAAAAAUUGUAUGGGUUAGAUCAGGAAAAGGUGCUCAUAACUUACAGGUUAAGAAGAUUGUCAGGUUAAAUAUGCUGCUGGCCGACAUUUCUAAAGUAACGUUUCUGAGUUUUAUAUAAAACAAGUUCGUUUCAUAUUGAGAUUUGUAGAAAUAAAGCAAGCCCUAUAUAAUGUCUGAAAAAACUGAAACACUCUACCUGCAUUAAACAUCGUGAACAAAAGAGCAAUUGAAGGACUUGAUGCAAGAACCAGAUUUAGUCCAGAUUCACACAUUUUUGGUAUGACCAACAAGUAACAUCAGUGGCUAAUAGAAACCCCAUUAUUUCAACAUUAUUUACAACAAAGCAGAAGUCUGAUCUAACAUUUGUGUUCCGUUGUUGCACCAAUUGGAACAUCUACAUUGUCCGCAUGCAAAAAUGAAUUUAAAAAUAAUAAUAAUAACAAUAAUAAUAAUAAGUAAAAAAUUUGUACUUACCUGGUUCUCGCAUCAAGGCCCUCAAUCGUUUUACAAAAGGGAAGAAAAAGAUCUUACAAAAUGUAAAAUAAUCCAAGUACUGGAAUUUACCAAGCAAACAAGAUAUCCUUCAUAGAACAGCAUUGACAAUGACUUCUUUGUAGAAAACUUUCUAGUGACAUUUUAGGUUUCUUCAAGAAUGUAAGAAUAUAUACAAUGUGGAUAGAUAAAAAGAAGGAAAAGAGGCAACGCACAAGGCCAUAGCAAAAUGUUUUGCCAAAGCUAAUCAAACAAAUACCCUACUCAAUGAUCAACACAAACCAACUUUCAAAGCGCAAACCAGGUCACUCUGCACCUCGAAGACAAAUGGCUUUUGCUUAUUAAUAUAUUUUAAUAUUGCAGAUGUCGAUAUCUGUUGGAAGUAAUUGCAGUAGAAUUCAAGCAUCUUCGUUGCAUGAUUGCUUACGAAUAUGUUUUCCCUUUAUAAGGGGCUUCAUAAUGUUCUGUCAUCGAAAUCGAUGGUAAAUGGAAGUGACUGAAUUUUGUUUAAAUGCUGUUACUUGAAAUGUGUUCAAUUUAUUUGUAAUUAUUUUGCAGGAAUCAUA